GUGACACAGUGCAGUCAGUGUCCAUUCUCUCAGUAAAGAUAUCCUGACAGGAUGGAUCCAACAAUGCUCUUGAAGAAAUCUGGGUGCUUACUUGUGGUCCUUGUGGUUUUAAAAUUCACUGUUGAUCACAAAGGUGUUCUGGGCCAAAAUGGAUGGGGAGUGACUUACGCCCCUGAGACAAUCUGUGGCUUAAAUGGGUCUUCAGUGGACAUGCACUGCAAUUACUCAUAUCCCACAUCUUACUCAGUGCAGAAAACAGUCUGGUUCAUUCACCAGAUACCUAAUCAGGAGCCUGAUGACCUGUCCCUGGAUCCAGAGUACUCUGACCGUGUGGAGUACCUUGGGGAUCGUAACAAUGACUGCACUUUUAAAAUAAAACAACUGAGAGAAAGUGAUUCAAAAACAUAUCACUUCAGAUUCCUCACCUACAAUGCUGAUGGAAAAUAUACUGGCCAACCUGGUGUCACAUUGGACGUUACAGCUCUACAGGUGAUAAUGUAUCCUGGCACAGUAACAGAGGGACAGAGUGUAACACUGAACUGUAGCACCACCUGCAAUCUGACUGGCCGCCCAGCCUUCACCUGGUACAGGGACGGGUCUCCUCUGUCCUUCACCACCCAGACACACCAGCUCACAGCCAGCAGUGAAGAUGGAGGCAGAUACUCCUGUGUUGUAAAAGGCUAUGAGGAUCUCCCCUCCCCUGCAGUGGCUCUUUCUGUGAACUACAGCCCAAAGGACACCUCAGUGUCAGUGAGUCCCUCUGGUGAAAUACUGGAGGGCAGUUCAGUGACUCUGACCUGCAGCAGUGAUGCCAACCCACCAGUGCAGAACUACACCUGGUUUAAGAAGAAUAGAGCUGUAUCCUUAUGGAGAGAAUCUGGAUUUAAUCACACCAUCGCUAAUAUCCUCUCUCUGGACAGUGGACAGUACUACUGUGAGGCACAGAACCAGCUUGGAGCUCAAAAGUCUACUGCUGUGACCAUAGAUGUUCAGUAUGCUCCUAAGAACACCUCAGUAUCAGUGAGCCCCUCUGGUGAAAUAAUGGAGGGCAUUUCAGUGACUCUGACCUGCAGCAGCAAUGCCAGCCCACCAGUGCAGAACUACACCUGGUUUAAGGAGAAUAGAGCUGUAUUCUCAUGGAGAAAAUCUGGAUUGAAUCACACCAUAACUAACAUCCUCUCUCAGGAUAGUGGACAGUACUACUGUGAGGUGCAGAACCAGGUUGGAGCUCAGAACUCUACUACUGAGACCAUAGACGUUCAAUAUUAUCCCAAGAACACCUCAGCAUCAGUGAGUCCCUCUGGUGAAAUAGUGGAGGGCAGUUCAGUGACUCUGACCUGCAGCAGCGAUGCCAACCCACCAGUGCAGAACUACACCUGGUUUAAGAAUAAUGAAACUGGCGUCUGGCAGGCCGGAUCAGGACAGAGUCUGAACUUUUCUAACUUUAGAUCCUGGAACAGUGGACACUACUACUGUGUGUCACAGAACAAGCAUGGAGCUCAGAACUCUACAGGGUUGUCUGUCGACUAUGCUGCUAUGGGUAAUGAAGAUUUACCAUACUAUAUCAUUGCUGGAACAUUCACUGCUGCCUGUGCUGCUGUUCUAAUUGUUGUUGCGUGGAUUGUGGGCAGGAGGUCCAGAUCAAGAAAGGAGCAAAGAUCGGAUACGGAGGACACCGUGUGUACUGUGUACGCCAACGUCUCUGAGUCGGCCAUCAGCGCAACGGCAGUGCAGGAAACAAUCCCGGAGAAAGAAGAAGCUGAAUAUUCAAAUGUUGAGAAACCUCAAAACCAGGAAGAGGUUCUGUAUUCCACCGUACAGAAGCGCCCGGCCCAGUGUGUGGACGAGGUUCAGUACGCCAGCAUCCAGUUCCCCCAAUCUGCUGCUGCCUCCGGAUCAACUGUGCCAACCUCCGAGGAUGUGAUCUACACCACACUUGUUAAAUGAUGCAUAUAUGAGAAAUAAAUUAAAUAUAAGGUAUUGAAAAAUAUCUUCUGUAAUUCUCUCAAAUCUAGCACUCUAUCAAUAGUGUGUCUGGGAAGGGGAAAUUUUUUUUGUGUAAUUGCUUUCUGCUAAAAAAAACUUUAAAAAUUGCAGCACGUGUUGAAAUAUGAUAAGUGCAUUCACAAUGCCAAAGAAGUCACAGGCUCUAGAUUAAGGCCCAUUUGUUUGAAGCAGCAACUGGCCAUUGGUUUAUUGACAAACCACAUAACUGGAAGUUAUAAGAAUAUAAAUUACAGUACUAUAACAUGCAAUUCAGUCAUGUUUCAUUUCUAAAGUGUUAUUCAUGCAAGCACUGCAAAGACAUCUUAUAUGAUUAAGAGCAAUCAAAUCAGAAGGUUAUGAGCCUGGCAAAUUAGUCUAUCCCUCCAAUUCUAAGAAUAAUCACACAAAGUAAUGCGUAUAAUCAUAUCCCACAUGAACAAUUUCAGGUUUAUUACUCGCUGAUUAACUGCAUUAUAAAUGAUAAAUGUUAUACCAACAAACUACCUUCACACCAAAAUUGAGACUCGAAGAUGACUCUGUCCAGAAUAGGAGACUUAUGUUCAUAUUUAAUGAUCAACAUUGUAUUCCACUGUUUGUAUUUUAAACUUUAACAAGCUUUAACAAGCCCCUUAUUGUAUGUAAUUUAAUCUAUGACUGUUGUAUUUGUACUUAUCUUGGCACUUUUGUUCCUGGCUUCGUUACUUAUGGUCUAUUUACCAUGUGUACUAGACUUAAUGUUCAUGACUGGACAACUGAUUCUAUGUGAAUUAUACCUUAUCCGACCUGUACUGUAGUUGUUGUAAUGACCUUGGUACAGUAUGCACUUUUUGUAUGUUGCUUUGGAUAAAAGCAUUUGCUCAAUAAAAUGUAAUGUAACUGA